AAUAACUCCACACGUGCAACAGUACCACUAGUGCUAAGUAAGUUUUAUCAAAAAUAAUGGGACGAAAGCUACAAAAAAAGAAAAAGGUUCAAGAGCUGGAGAUCGUGCCUAUGGACGAAAAUCCCCCACUUCCGGCACAAAGAACAUCCGAAGAUACUGUGCCCAAAAGGCUGAAAUGGGUCAAUAAGCAGCGUGUAUUGGUUUUUGCUGCUAGGGGAAUUAACCACCGUGAUCGCCAUUUGAUGCGUGAUAUUAAAACCCUAAUGCCGCAUCAUCGGCCAGAGUCUAAAAUGGAACGUUCUAAAACACUUUCUGUAAUAAACGAGAUGUGCGAUAUGAAGCACUGCAAUAAGGCAAUCCUCUUUGAAGGACGUCGUAAACGCGAUUUAUAUAUGUGGGUAGCUAAUACGACGUCAGGACCGUCGGCUAAGUUUCUUGUUGAAAAUAUACACACUAUGGCUGAAUUAAAAAUGACUGGGAACUGCCUGCGAGGAUCAAGACCACUAUUAUCUUUCGAUUCCAAAUUUGAUGAAGUGCCACAUUUAAAAUUAUUGAAAGAAGUAUUCACUCAGACGUUUGGUGUGCCCAAUCAUCAUCCCAAGAGUCAACCGUUUGUAGACCAUGUGUACACUUUUACCUGUUUGGAUGAUCGUAUAUGGUUUAGAAAUUUUCAAAUCCUUUCUGAGGACGGUGGUUUAGCAGAGAUCGGACCAAGAUUUGUUAUGAAUCCGGUAAAAAUAUUUGAGGGAUCUUUUACUGGAAAUACCUUAUGGGAAAAUCCAAACUACGUAAGCCCUUCCCGGCAACGUCAAAUACUUAAGAAGGCGGCAAAGGAGAAGUAUGUAAAUCGUAUAGAGCAAAAAGUACAUCAGGAAGCUAAUAGACCACAGGAAGCUUACGAGGGACUCGAAUAUCAAGAGUUAUUUGAAAACGAAGACGCGAUAACCACAGCAAAAUUAAUAGCAGAAAAGGCAAAGGAAAAGAAGACAGUUGAAGCCAGUAACAAAAAAUCGACCAAAGCAGCGCUGGCGAAAAAAAUCAAGGAAAAACAGCUAAAAGCGGCAGCUGAACUUAUCGCGAAGAAGAAAUCAAAAGUAUCAAAUAAAGAUAAAUAAUUAAAAAUGUA